GAAACAGCCGUAGACAUACUCCCUCUAGCCUCUAGGCAUUUGGAGAGGUAGAUAAGAAGUUGCAACCUCCAUUGGCAAUUCCACGAAUACAUCAUUCAGACAUAGACUCAGAGUCGUCCAUAGGUUCGUCCUACACAGACAAACACAGCCAUGGUGGAGGACUUCACAUGCCCUACCAUGCCACCGGUGCCGUGCGGCGCCAAGAAGCUCCCUUCCCCUCACUUCACUUCGCCGCCGCCAUGGUUCGUCGUCCCGGCCGACGCGGGAGCGCACGACCAUCACCGGCGGUGCUUCUCGGCCGCCGAGCAAGCCGGGAACCCCAACAACGACGUCUACCCGGGGCCGGGGGGCCGCUCCGAGAGGUUCGCCGUCAUGGAAGAGCACAAGAUGGACAUGCUGUGGGAGGACUUCAACGAGGAGCUGGCCCGGGCGCCGCAGCCGUGCCCACUGAGCAUGGAGUGGUCGAGCGAGGCGUGGCACGCUGGUGAAGGCGACGGAAUACCAUCCCAGCAUGUGGAUGUGGUCGUCGCCUCCGGUACCGGGAGCAGCGUGGUCUGGCGAAGGAGGCUGAGCUUGAUGAUGAUGCUCAAGCUGCUCAAGAAGCUCUUCUUGGCACGCAAGUCCAGCACCACCUCAAGGAAGACGCCACCAAACUGACAGCAGUGUGGAUGCGAGAAUUAUAUAGAUGCGUGCAUAAAUCAAUCUCAGGUGUAUAUAUAAUAUCGCAUUCUCGAUCGAUAAAUACAUCACUUGCUUCUUUUC